GAAAACAUCCACUUGUAGUUUUGGUAUCGUUUCCGUUAGAGUUGCCGGGGAAGGAAUAACUAAAGAUUGUUCCUUUGUGAAAAGGUCACUAAAGUUUUUUUGUAUUCAAGAAGACUGGUCAUACGAAUACUUAAGGAUUUAGGACAAAAUUCUUUCGGCAAUAAAAAAAGGACAAAGAAAAAAAAAACCAGUAUACUUGCAAAGGCCCUUGUAAGUAAAAGAGUUUCAUGAUAUUCCACACAUUCCAUUGGCCUCUUCGAAUAAAGAAAGUAGUUAUAAUUCCAGCAAUUCUCAUAAUUUGUGGAUUAUCAAUCGUUCUCAGAAAUCCCCGAGAAGAAGACCUGUUUCUCAAUUAUGAAAUCGUUAAUGAAAAUACUGUAGAAAAGUACCCAGUUAUAACAUCUCCGUUGUUUUCCAAAGUAGGAGAAUUUGUUUUUUUGCCAAAUACAGCGGGACCAUGUCGUUCGAAAAGUGGCAAGAUUUUAGUACUUGUCCACUCUUCUCCGGCACACGUGGCCCACAGAUCCGCUAUACGUCGAACUUGGGGGAAGUCAGACUUUCGUUUGAAUACCAACCUCAGAACAGUGUUCAUAGUUGGACAGUCCGGAGUACCUAUGAUAGAGAAACGAAUCAUGCAAGAAGCCAAGACUCACGGCGAUAUCGUCUUGAUAAAGCUGAUAGAUUCUUACAGAAACAUGACGCUGAAGCAUUUAGCCGGACUUAAAUGGGCCAUAAAGAACUGUCCCGAUAUUCAGUACGUCAUGAAAGUGGAUGACGAUGCAUUUGUGGACAUGAAGCGAGUAACAGAUAAACUUGAAUCAAGCCCACCAAGCAAAAACAGUCUAAUGUGCCAAACCAUCCCUGAUGGUUCUUCACCAAGACGAACAGGGAAAUGGGGCGUAACUGCAGACGAAUACCCACGUAACAGCUAUCCAGAGUAUUGCAGUGGAUUGGCUUAUUUGACAAAGUCAAAGACAUUGUCCAAACUGUACGAUGCAGCAAUGUUUGGCAGAGUGCCGUACUUGUGGAUUGACGAUGUGUUCGUGACAGGUUUAGUAGCAGAAUUUGCACAAAUCAGAAGGGUGGAUAUGAGCGUUUGGUUUGCUGAUAACGAACUGCAGGUGGUCGAAUGGAUGAAAAACGGUACAGGCACCUGUCCGUGGAUGAUAGCUGAAAUGUCCUUUCGGCACUGGCCGGCCGAUGCCUCAAGACUCUGGAGGAAGAGUAAAAUGGCAUGGAUUGAGAGUACUGUUGCAAUGGGAGGGAAAACAUGGGUUUAUUCCCCAGAAUAAACCGAGAUUUUUGGGACGAAAAUUUUGAAUAUUUCCGAGAAUUUUAAAGUUAUUUUUUUUAAUGGAAAACUUCGUUUAUAUUUUAACCUUUUCCUCACACGAUUUCAAAAUUUUAGUGCUACUGUUGCAAAUGCAAAUUAUGUAACUUUUUUCUACAAAAAUUAUGCCAAACAAACUGUUUAGCUACCCUUAAGUG